UUACCUUUGCUUGUUAGUCAUUCAAGUGGAUUUGAGGUUUUAAAUAAGUCAAGUCGAAAUGGCACUCUUUCGAAAUAUGUUAGCAACUAUUUUGGUACAAAAACCACAUGUAAUUCUACGAGACGCAUUGUUUUCAUCGAAACCGGCUAUCGCAGGACAUUUGAAGCUCAGUGACACUUGUCUGAAACGUCUCAGGGAAAUUUGCGACGAAAAAUCUUUCCUUCGCAUCACUAUUGAAGGCGGUGGUUGUUCAGGGUUCCAGUACAAGUUCGACAUAGAUGACAAACUUAAAUCGGAUGAUUUGGUGUAUGGUGAAAAUGAUGCACGAGUCGUAAUAGAUCAGACUUCUAUUGAGUACGUAGAUGGGUCAAUGAUCGAUUUUCACACAGAGCUGAUACGGUCCGGAUUCAGGAUCAUAAACAAUCCAAAAGCCGAACAAGGUUGCUCGUGUGGAGCAUCAUUUGCCAUUAAAUUAAAUUGAUGGCUUAUAUGGAUAUUAGGGCGAUUGUUUUUCGGAUGAAAAUUACGUAAGAACCUCUAGUUGAACAAAUACUAAUAUAUUUUUUUGUUUUGUGGCGUAUUUUUCUAUUCAAAUCACUUAGCAUACCGAAAUUCAAUAAAAUAUCAUAUGUUUUCGUAUUUGCAAAUAACAGAAAAUGUCUCCCCACCAAGACGUUUUGCUAACCAUUCGUUUUUCACAACUGCUAGUUUAAGGGUUUCACACCUGAACUUAGCGUUUAGGUUUGUGUGGAGUGCUCUGGCCAUCCCAACGAUGAUUAGUAAAUCGCUUUCCAAUAGAUUGUUGCAUAGUU